ACCCUGCCUCGGCCUCGUGCCACAACGACUGUUGGCUUGUCAGCUGAACUGGACGCGCUGGUCCUUGUCUAAGAAGAUAUGAAAACUGUCAGUUAAGGUCAGUUGUUCUGGUCAAAGAAGAAGAACUGGGGGCUGUUGAUAUCAGAGCAGCGUCACGGGUCUGCGCCUCCCUGGCGGCUCGCGCCCUUUGUAACGUUAACUCUAAAGUGAAUGACUGUGUUUGCUGGUUGCUUUACUCCAGCUACUGACUCCCAUGGCUCCAGGAACUUCCUGAUUCUGGAUCUGUCAAGCAGUAAUAGGACAGGCCCAGGGAAAGAGAGAUGAGCUGGGCUGAGGAGGACUGGACGGUGGGGCUGUCUGGACGGGUCCUGCAAAAGGUGAAGGAGUUGCAGGUCCAUCAGGAGCGACUGUCCAGAGAGAACAAGCAGAAACAGCUGCAACUGGACAACAUCCAUACAAGCCUCGAAAAACAGACUGUCAAGUAUGAGGAGGUCCGUGGGGAGCUCCAGAGUCUGCAAAGAGAGCUCCAGAGUGUUCGACAGGAGGCCAAGGCAGCAGUGACCAGCAGUGACCGCCUGACCCAGGAGCUCCAGACCAAGCAGGCCCAAGUAUGCUCUUUGGAGGGCCAGCGAGAUGCUGCUCGAGCCCUCAACAACAAACUCACCCAGGAAAUCAAAAGGCUGGAGGCAGAGCUUGAGAAUCUGCAGAAUAGCAGCAGAUCGGCAGAUACUACUCUGUUUUCUACACCCUGCUGGAAUACAACCUCACCCUGGGAACACACUGGGAGCAGGAAGCAGGAGAGGCCAGGGCAUAGAGAUGAAGGACAGAGCCGGGCGCUUCACAUCCGACAGCAGCUUCAAUUCUCCGAAGUAGGCACAGCCUCGUUACCACAACAACACAACAACAACACACCCCACCGCCAUCCGUCCAACCAAUCGGACACCUUCUCCACUCCCUUGUCUGCAUUUCCGUGGGAACGGGAUGACUCGAGGCCAGCAGCCAGGAGACCGUCCCCCUCUGCUCCCCAGACGCCCUGCACUGAUGUCAUCAGUAAAGGCCAGCAGGAGCAGAGGGUUUAUGGGAAGGAGAAGGACCACAGGACAGAGACAGACACAUCUUUAUCAGAAGUGCGGAGUCGUGUAGCUGCUCUGGAGGUGGAGCUGUGUGCGAAGGCCGGGAUGUUGAAGUCUAUUCAGAACGAAAUGGUGCAAAGCAAAAAGGAGCUCACAGCCAGGGAGCUUAGCCUUCAGAAAGCCCGCGACGAACUCAGCCUGGCACACACAGGCAUGGCCCAGGAGAGAGAACGGGCAUCAGGAUGUGAGCAAAGGCUGAAGCAGCUACAAGAGGAGCUGAAGUGUCAGAGGCAAAAUGCAGAGAGCAGCCGACUGCAACACCAACAACGCUCUAAGGAGCUGGAGAAACAACAUCAGAGGGAUUUGACGGAGCUUCAGAAGGAGAGGCAGUGUCUGGAGAAGCAGCAUCAGCAGGAAGUGAAUAAGCUCAACCAGGAGCUCCAGCAGGCAAGGACGCUCCACAACGCCCUGCAGGCCCAGGCUGACAAGCUGUCUCUACAGAAGCAGGUGUUGGACAAAGAGUUGGACACUCUGAAAGAGAAACUAAAGUGGACGGAGGGGCAGCUGCAGGAGAGCCAGAAGAAAGAGGCACAGAGACAAGCCAAACUGACGGAAGCCCUGCGUGAGGCAGAGGGUGUGGCAGUGAGUCUGGAGCAGAGCAGGAAGAGAGAGCAAGGUCUGGAGGAGGAGGGGAGGAGACUGGCAGAGGAGCGAGCCGACACCCUUCGUCUUCUCAAAGAACUGCAGGAGCAAAAGGCUGUCCCAGCACCCCCUCAACAAUCUGUCCAGUUUUGCCCCGUUGGACAGAGUUUCUCCCCUCAAACUUCUUACUCUCUUCAUUCUCGACCAUCAACUCACAUCAAGGGGCCCAGCACCACCACCCUAGCCGAGCAGAAGAGGGAAGAGGAUGUGGAUAAGAGAAGGGUAGAGAUUACAGCAUCUUACCCCUCUGACAGAGAGCCGGGAGAAGGCAUCGACUCGGAAGACAUCAGCAACCUUAUCGCCCCAGUCUCUGAGUGUUUACAAAGGAGACACAGAAGAAAAAGUAACGAGGAGAACAAAAGUAGAAAUGAGGCGAUAAAGAGUGACAGCUCUGGGACAAACGAGCACUCCACAUUUGAUCAAGUAAUCUCUAGUUCCUCUCACUCUGCUGCUGGUACGCCCACUAACACCUCUAUGGAUGAUUCCUCUAAAAAGACUCCUUCUCUCAAGGCCUCUGAAGACCUCAAAAGAGAGAAUGCCACACUGCGUUCAGAGCUAAAUGAUGCACGUGAAGAACUGCAAAAACGACUUGAGGACCUAGAAGCCCAACGACAGGCCGAGACAGAAGCCAGGACCCGGCUCAAACAACUCAGCCGCAAACGUGCCAGCCAGGCUGUGGAUAAGGACGAGCAAGAAAAGGAAUGGAGGGCACAGCUGGAGAGUGAGAGGGCUGAGACAGAAAGGUUGAGGAAGGCCAUGGCGUCAUUGGAGACAGAGAUGAAAAGAGAAAGGGAGGAAAUAGAAAGGAAGGAGCGAGAGGAGGAGGAGGAGGAGGAGGAAAAAAACAAAGCACUAGAAGACCGGGAGAGUAAAUUGAUAGAACUUAAUAUCCAGCUAAAGAAACAGCUGUCAGAGGUGAAAGCCCAGCUGGCUUUAGAACAAGAAGAGCGAAAGAGAGAGGAAGAGGAAAGAAACCAAUUAACAAACACAGACAUAGAUGUAAAGGAGGAGUUGAGCACAAAACUGGAAGAACUCAAAGCUGAAUUGGAAGAACUGAAGUGCAGCAGAGAAGAAGACUCACUGGAAGAGGAAAAACUCUCCGUUGCCAACAGCCCACUGACAUACCUGACACUCCAUGAUGAUGAGCUCAACUCCAACAUUGUUCGCUGCGACAACAAGCUCCUCCCUUCGCCAGAGAAGCACCUCCUCUUCUGCCAGUCCACCAACCAACGCAACAUGCUUGUAUCUCAGGCCACAGCAGACCUCAUCCAGGAAGAGCGAACAGUGAUAGAUCCAGAAUGCUCAGCUCUGGAAGACGACAGACAAAACUAUCUGAAAGGGUCUUCCCUGUCAGACCACAAAAGAUCACUUUCUGACCUCCAGAAGGUUGAGCCAGCCUUCUCAGAUUUGGCAAAAGAGGUAGAGCGCCUUAAGAAGGAGAAUACAAAAGAGAUAGAACGUGCUAACCAGUACCAGGUUAAACUGGAGGCCCUGCAAAGCCAGGUGACAUGUCAGACAAAGCAGCUAACCACGGCUUUUGAGAAGCAGAGUCAGUACAUCUCUGGUCUUUUAGUUGAGCUGCAAGAGAAGGAGAGUGCCCUCCUUAGCCAGGGAGAGGAACUGCAGCGCUACAAGCAAGAGCUGGAUGCACUCAAGGCUGAAAAAGAGGGAGCGGAUAAGAAAAGAACAGAUGAGAUGACUGUCAAAGUGGUGGAGGAUGGAGAACAAAAAAAAGAGACACAAGAUGAGAGGUUGGUGGAGAACUCGAGGCUUCAGGCAAACCAGGAAAAUAAGUGUGCUGUCAACCUGCUUACUACAAACUCUCUGGCCGACGGUGACUCUGAUGCACAGAGAGAUGCAGGUCAACUAGAAAUUGUUACAUCAGAUGCUGAAAGACCAGCACCCAAUGGUGAUGAAUCAGACAGUGAAGCCCUAUGGUCAGGGGAACAGCAUCCAUGCGCUCAGCCCAAGACUCAGAGUAACAAUGACUCUGCUUGUGUCAUGGGUGAGACUGAGUGCAGUCAAGAUGGAGAAACCACAGACGUGGUUGCAGAACUACUUGCUCUCCGACAGGAGAAUCAGCUGCUGAAACAAAGAAUAGAGGGCUUGACUGUCUCAGACACCAGGAGACCAUUAUUACACGCUGACAGUGAGAACCAAGAAGACCCAGCCAAGCAAAGCCAAAACACAGGAAAUGCUGCUCUGUCCUGCUUGGUGGAGCACAGGUCACCCAGUGUGCCGAAUGACAUCACCACUGACGCACGGCAGUCACUGUUGCAGGAUGUGAAAAUGAGGGAAGAUGGGAGGACUACAAAGGCUGAAGAAGAGCUGGAGGCAGUGUCUGAGCUUCAGAUCAACCGCCUACAGCAACAGGUGGAGGAGCUGCAGAUGAGGCUACGGACUCUCUCUGCAGAGACCCAGCAGCAGGCCGGGGAGCUUGUUAUGUGGAAACUGGCCUCCCAACCAGCACCAACAUUCGACCAGUUCCUUCCCAACACAGACAAACUGAGUGAGACCCUGGACCAGAUAUCCGCUGUCAGACAGUCACAGUCAAACCAAAAGACUGGCCAGGUUCAGGCUUCUUACCUCGGUGUUCAGGAGAGCCCUAGUAAUGUGACAGUCGUCAGACAAGAUGAGUUAUUCCUCUCCUGCCCCUCCAACAAACUGCAGGGUUGCAUGUUGUUCUCCAGGCUUCAGCACAGCAACCUCCUUGAACCAAAGAGCCCCCAUCGCUCUAAAAAGACUGCAGCACUUUUGGAAUACGAUCAGGACUCUGCCACACUUGACAAGGAGUCUGAAAAAGAAAACCUGGAGAUCAAUCUGUUACAUCAGUUAAAUACCUGUCAAACGCAACACAAAGAGGAGAGAGACACUGAAGUUAUUCAAAUGUCAUCUGAGAAAAUGGGUCAACCACAUGCCACCAAAGAUUCCCACAAAGUCACAGGACCAAAGCAGACCAAAUCAGCUGAGUGUUACACAGGGAAUCCUGAGGCCAAACCAGAUGCUUCCAGAGCAACCAAUGAAAUAAAUCCAACAAACAAUUCUUCAGACAAAUAUGUCAGGGCAGAAAUGAAAAGUGUCAGCAGUCAAACCGAGGAGAGUUUGUAUCCUCGCAGUGCUCCAACAGCCUCUGAACUCUACUGUGCAUACACACAGACUGAGGAGGAGGAGAAAGCUGAAGAAGAGUUAGUGGAAUCACCUCCUAUCUCUCAUGUCUCUCCUGUCCCAUUAUGUGAGGGGGCAAAGUUAGGAGACAAAAUGUUGUUUUCGGGUUCCUUCCCUAUCCCGGCUGACCCGGCCCAUCUGGCUGAAAGAAUCCGCCGUAACAGGACACAGCUGUCAGCCGCCUUUGACGACACAGAGUAUGAACCGUAUGGACUGCCGGAAGUCGUCAUGAAAGGUUUUGCCGACAUCCCCAGUGGUCCCUCGUGCCCCUACAUUGUGAGAAGAGGUCUGUUAGGCACAACUGCCGUACCUGUUCCUCCGAAAGACCCGAGACAGGAGGAAGAGACAGAUUAAAACACAGUUACAGAACUGAUCACUGAGGCUUGACGAUGAACCUCAGUGAUGGACGACAGCAGCCAUACAGGGACACUCCAGUCACCAGCAACCUGAAGUACUUCAGACCUUCAAACCAACACAGGACCAGUUUUAAAAAGGGUGCUGCUAUCACACAUGGACUUUUGUGUAUGUGCAGGUAACUGGGUCUGCAUUGGCAGAAUAAACACUUCCAUUGUGUGGUCACUAGUUUAUCCUCUAAUUGCUGCGUGGAGACUUUGCUGUUUUUUUGCCAUCACAAUGCUGUCACUUUACACCCACUUUAUAUUUAGGUACAGAGGUAUUGAUUUAGUGUUGCUUGUUGAUGUUUAUUUGAAGUUUACAACCACUUUUCCAAAGGGAUUGUUUAGUUUUGAGUGUCUCUGCAUUAACUUAUGGGUCUAGCUGCAGCCUACUUUGAAUAAAACAGUGCCUAGUGGAUGCUUUUCUAAACAAGUGCCUGUCAAGAUAAGUGUGACUUGUUUUCCCAAAGGGUGAAACCAAGAGAGGCCUGUUGUGAAAAUGUUUAUAUAUAUAUAUAUAUAUAUAUAUAUAUA